GUCCCCAAAUACUUGUCACAACAGUGGAAUAAAGCUUCAGGAAGAGGUGAAGUGGGAAAACUAAGGAUUGCUAAAAACCAAGGAAGAACAGAGGUGUCAUUUACUUUGAAUGAAGAGCUUGCAAGCAUCAAUGAUAUUGGAGGAAAACCUACUUCAGUCAGUGCACCAAGGGAACAUCCAUUUCUUUUGCAAAGUGUGGGAGGACAGACCUUAACAGUGUUCACAGAAACUUCAGUAGGCCAAUCAGAAGAAAAAUCAGACAGUGGUGUUGCUGAUAAACUUGCCUUGGAAGGAAUAGUGGUGCAGCGUGCUGAAUGCAGACCUGCAGCUAGUGAAAAUUAUAUGAAACUGAAAAGAUUACAGAUAGAAGAAUCUUCUAAACCUGUCAGGCUAUCACAGCAGCUGGACAAGGCUGUAACCACGAACUAUAAACCAGUGGCUAAUCAUCAAUAUAAUAUUGAAUAUGAGAAGAAGAAGAAAGAAGAUGGAAAACGAGCUCGAGCUGAUAAACAACAAGUGUUGGACAUGCUUUUUUCAGCCUUUGAGAAACAUCAGUAUUACAACAUUAAAGACCUGGUGGACAUAACCAAACAGCCUGUGAUAUACUUGAAAGAAAUUUUGAGAGAAAUAGGAAUCUACAAUGUGAAGGGGACCCACAAAAACACAUGGGAGCUGAAGCCAGAAUACAGGCACUACCAAGGAGAAGAAAAGAGUGAUUAA